AUGUCUGGGAGACGUGGCUCAUUCAAUGGACCCCCAGGUGGUAGGCCUUCUAGAGGUGGCCCAAGGGGUGGUGGCAGCAGAGGUUCGUCAGAUCCUAGAAGCUCUUCAAGAGGUGGCCCAAGAGGUGGAGGUGCACCAAGAGGAGGAAGAGGAGGAAGAAGUGAUAGUUUUUCAGGCGGUAGACCAUCUGCAGGAGGACCACCAUCAAGCCGUGAUAGUAGAGGAGGUUUUUCGGGAGGUCGAGGUGGUAGAGGUGGUGAAAGCUCGUCAAGGGGAGGCAGAGGUGGUAGAGGAGACAGCUCAUCAAGAGGAAGUAGCAGAGGAGCACCAAGAGGAGGUAGAGGCGGCGGUAGGGGAGGAUCUCAAUCAGGAGGUAGAGGAGGAAGAGGUGGUAAAGGUAAAUCCGCUGAUACUUCAGAAGCUUUUAUCAAAGAUCAUGAUGGUUCAACAACGAAAAUCACUGGUACCAAUAUGGCUCCGUUGAAAAACGCUCGUCAAUUUGGUGGUGUUGUGGGAACGAGUGGACCACCUCCGCCAUCUGUUCAAUCAGGGGGUAAAAGAAGACGUGAAGAUGAUUCCACCCCCCAAAAAAAGAAGAAAGCAAAAAGUGGUAGACCUGAUGAUUUCACUGUUAAACCUUUGCAAGAUGAAAGAUUAAGCAAGUUUCAACAACAAAAUCAAAGGUCGGAAAGAAGAAAUUUCGACGACAAAAGAUCCAGCAAAGUCAAUGGUAAGACCUUUGAUCAAAGAAAAGCUUUUAAAGAAAGAGAUGGUGAGAAGUUCUCUGGAUUUGACCAAAGAAAGUUGUUUGAACAAAGAACUAAAUCCUCAAGAUCUACCAAGCCUCAAGCUUUGAAAGUUUUAAACACAAGUGAUGCUAGUACUAGAGCUGUUUAUGUUUUGAAUAUGGGACCAGAAAUUACGGAAGAUGACAUCAGAGAAUGGAUUAUUGAAUAUGCAGUUUCGAAGAAGGCAGAAAAUGUUACAAAUAGUUUGGUUUCUGAUCUUUUCAAGAAGGGUUCUGAAUCUAAAGAGAAUGGUCAGCAGAAAGAGGUUCCGAAAGGAACUGAACAAUCGAAAGAAGAUGGUGAUGUGGAAAUGAAUUCAGAUGAACAGCAAGAAGCUGAUAAAAGUAAUGUUGAGUCUAAAUCUACUGAAAUAUCUGCUGCUGAUAAUGGGUCCAAAGAUGGAAAGGUUGCAGUUGUUGAACAGGAGGAGGAUGAUGAUAUUGAGGAAAGCUCAUCAGAUGAGAAGGAUGACGAAGAGGAUACCUCAGAUAAAGACGGAAAAGCCAAAGAGACUGAUCCUGAAGAACAGAAAUUAAAAGAGCUUAAGAAGCUGAAGAGAAAGGAAAGAAGAAAGAGCAAGAAACUCACUGCUAAGUACGUUCAGAGAAAGUUGAAUACAAAGUCUCAACAGUUAUUGGAUAACAUUAGAAAGAUUAUUUUUGACACACAGGAGAGUAAUGGUAAAUCGCGUGGUAAUGCUUAUAUUGAGUUUGCAACUCCAAUUUCAGCUGUGUUGUUCAGAGUCAUUAUUGAAAAACAUAACAAAGCUAAUAAGGAAAGAGGAUUAACUGCAAAAUACGUCACCAAGUUUGCAAAAAUUUCAAAAAGCCCUUUUAUUUUAGUUAAAGCUAAAAUUGAAUCUGUUGAAGUUACUGAGGAGUCCACUGUCAAGAAGGAUGGUGAAAAGCAACCAGCAUCUCUCGAGAAAGGUCAAAAACCUCAGGUACCACCUUCAAAUAACGUUCCAAUACCACCUCAUGCUGGUCAAAAACAAAUACCUGUUCCACCAAGUGCUUCAGCUCCAACUCCACUCCCAGAAGUACAUCAUCAAAUGAAGAUUCCUCCAAAUGCAAAGAAUAAUAUGCCACCAAGUGCUCCAAAAUCCCAAGAUACAACAAGACCCCCUUCAAAUGCUCCACCAAGUCGUGGCCCAAGAAAUCAAGCUCCAGCUACUUCAAGAAGUGGUCCAUCACCAGCGGAAGCUCCAGCAACCCCAGCUUCUCAAGUACCACCUUCAAAUCCAUUAGGCGUUCGUGGGAAACGUACUUCACAACCACCUACUCCAAGGGCUACUCCUGUGCAGAGUCUAAAUCAAGGAUCUCCACGUAUUCCACCAUCUCAACAAUUUUCACCAGCACAACCUCCACAUCGUGGGUCUAUCCCACCUCAAGCUCAAAGACCAUCAUCUUCAGGUGCUGCUUCUCCAAACCCAUACAGACAAGGAGGUCCAUCGCCUAUGCAACCACAAAUGCCACCAGGUGCAGCUCGUCCAGGGUUUCCAGGAUCUCAUCCAUCAACACCAGGUAAUCAAUUCCAUGGAUAUCCACAACAACAAGGACCACCAGGAGCUAAGUCACCAGCUACAGGAGGUCCUUUCACUCAAUUUCAACCACCAAGUGGAUUAUCACGUCGUCCAGCUCAACCAGGUACUCCCCAAGCAUCAGGACCAGGGUUCCCACCAAGAGGACCACCAGGACCACAGGGACCUCCAUUUGGUAGACCACCACCACCACAAGGAUAUUAUGGACAAGGACCACCACCACCACAACAAAGACCUGGAUAUCCAUAUCAACAACAACCUGGAGGACCACAAGCAGGACCAGGAUUUAGAGGACCUCCAGGGCCUCCAGGGCCUCCUCCACCAGGUUAUAGACCAGGAGUUCCAACUGGUGCUCCAAGACCUGGAUACCCACCACAAGGUUAUCCUCAAGGUCCACCACCACCACAAGGGUAUGCGCAAGGUCCACCCCAAGGUCCACCAAGACCACCACAAUAUCAAGGUCAAAGACCACCACCACCACCUCAUGCUUAA